AUGUAUGGACAAGUUGUUAUAGGCCCACCAGGAGCAGGUAAAUCCACUUAUUGUCAUGGAAUGUAUCAAUUUUUAUCAGCUAUCGGACGUAAACUGAGUAUUAUAAAUCUAGAUCCAGCAAAUGAUAGACUUCCAUACCCAUGUGACUUGGAUAUUAGAGACUAUAUUGAUUUAGAAGAUGUCAUGAAUGAACUUAAUUUAGGACCCAAUGGAGGAUUAAUGUUUGCUAUGGAACUGUUAAUUGCUAAUGGAAUUGAUUUAUUUCUCACCAAAGUCAAGAAACUCGUUGAUGAAAGAAGUUACUUGUUAUUUGAUUGCCCUGGUCAAAUUGAACUCUUCACUCAUCAUAGUGCUUUACACAAGAUAUUUAAUACGCUAACUAAGGAAACAAAGAUGAGGUUAUGCGUUGUAUCGAUGGUUGAUUCAAUAUAUUUGACCAGUCCAUCGCAAUAUAUUUCCAUAUUAUUAUUAAGCCUACGAUCGAUGUUACAGUUGGAGUUACCUCAAGUCAAUGUUAUAAGCAAAAUUGAUUUAUUAAAAGGGUACGGGUCUUUACCUUUCAGAUUGGAAUAUUAUACAGAAGUUCAAGAUUUGCAUUAUUUAACUCCUCAUUUGGAGAAGGAAUCAAACUCAAUAUUGGGUAAAAAAUACGUACGCCUUACAGAAUUAAUAGGUGAAUUGGUAGAAGAGUAUCAUUUAGUAGCAUUCGAAGUCUUAUUUGUGGAAAAUAAGCAAAGUAUGAUUAAUCUACUAAGCGUAAUCGAUAAAGCUAAUGGAUACAGCUUUGGCAGUGAAAUUGGAGGAGAUACAAUUUGGAGUGAAGCAGUUAGACAAGGUGGAUCUGCUGGUCAUCAAGACAUUGAUAUCCAUGAACGAUGGAUAGAUGAGAAGGAAAAGUACGAUCAGGAAGAACGAAAUAUCCCCACUGAUGAAAUAAAUGUUGAUGAAGAGCAAGAAGUUGAAAAUGCCGAGGAUGCAGAAUGGGAAGCUGCUUUGCGUGAUUGGGAAGAAAAACAUGGAGGUAGUGGUGCAAUGAAUAGAUAA